UGCAGGUGCAAGUGACAAGAUCCUCAACCCAGGCAGAGCUGAAGUGUCACAGCAGCUGUAAUGUGGCUGACAGUCCUUCAUAUGUCUGGUACAGAAAUGGAGAGAAACAGGCUGCAGAGACAUCUUCUCUUAGAGUCCAUGUUCCUGAUUCCAACAGUUAUACCUGUGCUGUUAAAGGACAUGAGGAUCACCGCUCUGCUGCAGUCUAUGCGCCAAAGACUCCCUCAGUUUCACAAGGUCCCACUGAUGAGGUGAUGGUGUUCAGAUUAGUGGAUCUGACCUGCAGCAGUGAUGCUAACCCAGCAGCUACUUAUACCUGGUACAAGGAGAAUGAUGAUGAACCUCUCCAUAAUGGAGCCAAGCUUGUCUUUUUGACAGAUUUUUCUGUCUCUGACGAAUUGUACUGUACAGCUGAGAAUGAGCUGGGGAGGAAGAGAUCCAAACACUUCUCUGUUGAUGGGAAAUUGGUUAGGGGAGAGGAUGACUGGGGAGUGACUUACUCUUCUUAUCAGAUCUGUGCCUUAAAAGGAUCAACAGUGGACAUUCCCUGCACCUACACGUAUCCAUCAACAAUAAAUAAUCAAACUACUAAAGUUCAAGACAGAUUGUGGUUUGCUAAAAUGAGUUCCUCUACACCUGUGGAUCUGAAAACAGACUCAGACUACUCAGGUCGUGUGGAGUAUCAUUUCAAUGAGAACGACUGCACUCUGAGAAUCAAAGACCUGAGAGAGAGCGACUCAGCUCAGUACAAGUUCAGGUUCACAGCAAACCAACAAGGUGGAAGGUUUACUGGUGAACCAGGAGUCACUUUGACUGUCACAGACCUUCAAGUUGAGGUGGAGAGCGUAUCAACUCAGGCGGAGCUGAGGUGUCACAGCAGCUGUAAUGUGGCUGAUAGUCGUUCAUAUGUCUGGUACAGAAAUGGACAGAAACAGGCUGCAGAGACAUCUUCUCUUAGAGUCCCUGUUCCUGAUUUCAACAGUUAUGCCUGUGCUGUUAAAGGACAUGAGGAACACCACUCUGCUGCAGUCUAUGCUCCAAAGACUCCCUCAGUGUCACAAAGUCCCACUGAUUUUUCUGGCUCUGGAGAUUUUUACUGUACAGCUGAGAACAAGCUGGGGAGGAAGAGAUCUGAACACUUAUCUGUUGAUGCAAAAUGGAACUCAACGUUCAACAUGAAUAUCAUGAAGCUGACUCUGAUGCUCCUUAUGAUGACUCCUCUGCUUGUCCUGACUCUGUGGAUGAGGAAGAAGAAAACUCUGAGCUCCACCACCAAACCAAAUGAACCUGUAGAGAUGAUAGAGCUGGACUCUGGUUCUGAGUAUGAGAACGUCUUAGCCGUCCCUGCAGCACAGACAGAAGACGCAGAGGAGCAGGAAGACCUGGUGUGAAGUCCAGAGAGAUGCAGCUGAACCAGAGGAAGAACUCACUGUGGAGGAUGUGGAAACAUUUACCUGAAUACAUCUAGUGUUGUGCGAAUUCCCACUAAAAAUGAUCUCACUUAACGUUCAGUUCACAAAGACUAAAAUGAACUAGUUCAAAUAGUUACUUCUUAUCAAUUUUGAACUAAGUUCAUUGUCCUAAAAAUUAUUGUUAAUUGUUUUAGUUGCACGUAAUUAUUUAUUAGAAAAGCCUCCAAUGUUUCCAAAUCCAGCCCUCAAUCAUUGACAUUUCCUAAGUUAAGAAAAGUAUUCUACAACAGAAUCAUUAAAUUCAACAUCCAAGAAAGUCACAAGUAAACAUAGGAAUUAAUCUGCUUCUUUGAAAACUUCAAAACACACAUGUAAUGAUCAUUUGUUGGCUGAAUAUUUGGCUAUAGGUUUCAACUUUAACACCCAUUAAAAAGGGUGAGAUGGUUUUAACAUCCCCUAAAGUAAAAGGGGCUAAGGGUAAAGAAACACUGAACAAACACAAACAGUGAAUUAUUCUCCAUUAUCAGAAAGCUACACCUCUCUAAAACCAUACUAGUUAUUGCCUGUUGGGAUCCGUCCUGAUUCAUUCAUAAAACUCUUCCAAAUAUUUACAAGAGCUAGCUUCAUCAGCAACGUAAACUAGAUCUGAAUUUGUAGCAGCAUAAUCCACGCCAAGUGCCGUAGAUUUGACUUCCACUGCCGUAAAACACAGUGCUUGGUGACUCUGCAAUUCUCGAUACCGCUCUGAUUCUCCCGGAAUGGCUGAUUCAAAUAAAAGCCAGUUUUCACAACAAGUCAAGGCCUGUAGGACAAAGCAGUGAAACAUUAGUGUGUAACAUGCUUUUGAAUGGACUUCAAACUAUAUGCUUUUUAGGUUAGUUUGCUAAGGAAUGUUUUAUCUACUAACUAUUAAGACCAAAAAAAUGACAGUACACUCUUUACUUUUUGGCUUAUUUCCAUUAUUCUCAGAUUUUAUGUGUAAGGAUGAAAUGUGUCAGUUUAUUUUGACUUAGGAUGUUUCUGAAACGAGCGAUGCAGAGUUUUUACUGAAGAAGCUCAAGACCUUUCAUUUAUGUUGGAUCUUUAAACCAGGUUUUAGUUUUCUUUCAUUCUUCAGUCUUAUAUCAAGCAGAGUAUAUUUUUUUAACCGCUUAAAUAAUUAAAGCUUGUGCAACCCAUAACUUUGAUCGUACAUCCAGUUGUCACCUUUGCAGGACUGUAUGUCAAAGAUACUGAUGAACAAAGUUAACUGUGGAUCAGGGAAGAGCAGAGGAUUCUAGAGGGGAAUAUUCACAAUAUUGCUUUUUUUUCCUUCCAAAUAUUUAAAUAAAUAUGCCUGGAAUGUU